UUCAGGUUCAUCGACGCUCCGCACGCGCUGCCGCGAAUUCUUCAGUGCUGAAAACGCAAGACGCGUCGUCUUUUUCGGCCCAAAAACCAGGAGGAAAAAAGAAAACCGAACGAAACGAAAUCUUCGCAGUGCGUUUCCAGACUCCCUCUCUCUUUCUCCUUCUCGCUCUCUCUCUCCUCGAAGAGAGUUUCAGUGGUUGGUGGUUUGGAUUUGGUGGUUCGGCUGGUGGUGCCGCCGCUGCUGCCGAAGCUCUGCCGACGCCGACGACGACGCCACGUCGGGAAAACCAACCUCUUGCAGUGAAAAUCUUUUCGUACGUUUUCGUUAUUUGUUAUUCGCACGUUGACGCGACGAGACCGCGAAACACGAGAGCAGCAGCAACAGCAACAGCAAUUGCAACUGCAACUGCAAUAAUGAUCGCGCGUGCAACAGCAACACAACGAAAAUCAGUGGCAAAACCCUAAAGUAUCUAACCCGAAAAAAAUCCAACACUUAACUGGCCAAAUCCGUUGAAACCAAGUGAAAAGUGUGUGUCUUACAAUCCCCAUUAAGUAAUAUGAAUCAAUUAUAGCCGCAAAACACACAAUAGCCAAACACGCAAACGCAGCAUAAGCACAAAUAAAAUACAUAAAAAAAAGUGUGAUAUUUUGAUAUUAGCAAUUAGAGUUUACACAACGCAGCCUAAAAAAUAUUUGUUAAAUGUGUUUGCCCCCCAGGCAAAAGCAGAAAAUUGGAUAAUGCUUGGAUAAUCCCCCUCCUACAAAAAAAAAACACAACAUAAAGACUAUGCCAGAUCUGCAGCAAUCGGACUCGGCCAGCAUCUAAAUCAAAGAGUCUCGCCAGGUAGCCCGCAAGAAUCCCAGACCUCGCAGGCUGGAUACCUUGUGGCCGGAGUUGCCAAGGUCGCCACAUCCGCAACGGGAGACUCUCCCCCCACCCCCUGCACAAUCCCCAACCCAAUCCCAAUCGGAAGCCUCCAAUCCGCCGCUGAAGCCGCAAAAAGUUGACCUCAUGACGAUGGCAGAAGGCACCGACCCCAUGGGGCAUGGUCACCACACGAAUCCGCACAAUCCGCCCCAGCAGCCGCCGCAGCACCACCCGCACCACCUGCCCCUGCCCCACCCCCCGCCGGCCCCGCCGCCGCAGCUGCUAAACUUCAACCACCACCAUCACCACCACCACCAGCAGCAGUAUCUUCCCCACAUGUAUCCUGCGCCCGCGGCCGCUGCCCAAUCUCACUCCCACUACGGUGGCCUGCAGUAUCCGCAUCCGCACCAGCACCACCCCCACCACCAGCAGCACCACCCCCACCUGCCGCUGGCCCUGAGCCUCCAUCAGCAGGCGGCUGCUGCGGCGGCGGUUGCCGCAGCGGUGGCCACCAACCACUCGAACAACAACAAUCAGGCCAGCGUGGCCAACAACAACAUUGUGGGGCCGUGGAAGCAGCGCAAGCGCAAAAGGCUCUCGGCGGUGCUGGACAAACUGCACCACCACAAUAACAACAACAACAAUGAAAGCCAUUCGAAUGGUCUGGCCUGCAAGGCGGAACCCAUGGAGAUGGAGGAGGAUUUGGGCGAAGAUCAAGAGCACGAGGAAGAGGAUCUCGAUGACUCCAUACCCGAUGAGGCGGAGGAGGAGGAUCCCGGCAAGUUCAUCAAGAGCGAGCAGCCCGUCAGCGAGGACGAGGAGAACGCGGAACCGGAAAUGGACAACGAUAACGAUAACGAGGACAUUUCCGGCGAGGAUCUCGAGCUGUCGCACAGCGAUGACAACGAUCAGGAUAGUCCCCGGAUCAGCAUGAGUCCCCUGCAGCUGCAGGCCUCCUCUCAGAGCCACCAGCCGCAGGAUCAGGAUCAGAAUCCAAAUCCGAAUCAGAACAAGGAGAAUCCGCUGCAUGUGGACAUCAAGACUGAGAUCCCCAGCCCCUACGACCGGUACUUCCCGAUACCGUCGCCCCUGUUUGGCUACUACCUGCACACCAAGUAUCUGAACGAGGUGUUCCGCCGGCGCCACGAUCUCUAUCCCUCGCCGCUGCAGCACACCCCCUCCUCGAUGGCCUCCGAGACGGAGACGUCGCCCACGGGAGUGCCGGAGCGGAUGCUGCCCCACGCCCUGCUGGCCAAUAACUCGCCUCCGCCAUCGCUGCCCUCGCCGCCGCGCAGCGAAUCCUCGGUGACCAAUGCCAGCCAGCCAAAUACCAGCAGCAGUAGCACCACCACCAAGAAGCGCACUAGUCCCAAGCCCAAGGGCAAGAAGGGGGGCGACAAGAAGCCCAUGCCGCCGCCCCAGGAGCGUCCGCUGGAUUUGUGCGUGCGCAGCGAGGUGGAGCCCAAGAAGUACAAGAGAUCCGGUUCGAAAUCCUCGCGAGAAGAGUCCCGUUCAGCGGUCAUGAUGCCACCGCCGGCUGCCUUGAGCGCGGCCAGCAGUCUGGAGAGCAUGAGUGCCCUGUCGCCCGCCUCGAGUAGCCACUCGGGUCACAUGCCCAUCACCACCGCUGCCACGCCCAACCACCAGCCACCGCCCAACUCCCCGUAUGCCAAUGCCAUGAACGCUGCCCACGCAGCGGCAGCGGCGGCGGCGGCGGCCAUGAUCAAGAUGGAGAUGCCAUUGCACCCGCUGCACCACCAGCAGAUGCACCACUCGCAGGUGCCCACCACCACGGUGGGUGUGCCGGUGAUCAAGGGCGACGUGGCCUCGCCGACGACCAAGGAGACGGUGGCCUGGCGCUACAACCUCGACGUCUCCCCGGUGGUCGAGGAGAUGCCCCCCGGCUCGGAUGUGGCCUACGUUUGCCCCACCUGCGGCCAGAUGUUCUCGCUGCACGACCGCCUGGCCAAGCACAUGGCCUCGCGCCACAAGUCCCGCAAUCCCGCUAACGAUAUUGCCAAAGCCUAUUCCUGCGACGUCUGCCGGCGAUCCUUCGCCCGCUCCGACAUGCUGACCCGCCACAUGCGCCUGCACACCGGCGUCAAGCCGUACACGUGCAAGGUGUGCGGCCAGGUGUUCUCGCGCUCGGAUCAUUUGUCCACCCACCAGAGGACCCACACCGGCGAGAAGCCCUACAAGUGUCCGCAGUGCCCGUAUGCCGCCUGCCGUCGGGACAUGAUCACCAGGCACAUGAGGACCCACACGAGAUACGAUUCCAGGGGAGGAUCGAGGGAGGGUCGGGAGGGCAGGGAGGGCCGGGAGUCGCGCCGCAGUGGUGGCGAGCGCAUGGAGGAGUCGCCGAAGUCGCCCGGCGCCCAUCCGCUGCUCGACAUGAAGAUGAACAUGAACAUGGGCAUGGGAAUGGGUCUUAAUAUGGGCCUGCCCAUGAACCCGAUGAGCCUGCUGCAGGAGGAGCUGCUGCAGAAGUCCCAGCCCGGCCUGACCCUCGGCGGACCCAUGCCCCUGGUGGUGAAGACGGAGAGCGCCUAACGGUGUCCAUUUAUGACCUGUUAGGUCCAGCUUAGUGCUACAGAAAAAAAUCUAAAAAAAAAACAUUAACUAGAGCAGUUUGUACUUGUACCGGAACUCUCUGCGAAGACUGAGGAACCUUAAUACUACCUACAGUUUAAAUAGGCUAAAGAAGCAUCAACUAAUUUUUUUAAAAGAGCAAAAGAGUUAGAGGGCAGCACUCAAGACCACCCAACGUAUUAGCACCUAAACUAGUUCUAGUUGCUAGAUCCUUUCGCGUUAAAUGAACCCCCCGGAGUUUAGAUAGCCAGGAUCUUCGAUACAGCUAGCAAUUCCAUGUUCCACACCUAGGCUAUACUACUAUAUAUAUAUAGGCGGUCGGAUUCCCUUAAAGGAUCCGAUCUCUCAGCAUUUUGAGCAACGUUGAAAUUAUUAAGCUAGACUCGCUACAAUAGGCUAACAGGCUUGCCGCAUCGGAGGAAGGCACUAGAUUCGUACUCCUAGUUUUAAUUAACUCUUAAUUUAUUUGUAACAUUACUCAGCAGCAUGUAAACUUAUACCACAACAAUUUGUAUUAAUUUAAUUUUACUCUAUUUAAUUUAAUUUAAUUUAACGAUAGCCUACAGAAAAACACAAACAAAAGACAAAGAAUUCUCCCUAGGGCUCAAAAAAAUAUGACACACAAAACAAACUCACUUCUAUCGAAAUCUUAAAAGAGAAACGAACACUAAACAAAAAAAAAACAAUUCCUUUUUUUUGUUCAACAAAAAACACUGUUAAAUUUACAUUAUCUUGUAAUUGAUUUUAUGCUUGCUCUUUUAAUGUUUUACUACUUUUUGUUUUCAUGAAAUGAAAUAAAAACCUUUAAGUUUUCUUUAGUUCAUAAACCAUCUUUGGAUUGGACACACCUCCUCCUCACCCCCUCCGAUCCCUCGAGAGGGGACAGGUUAACCCGCUUGUCCCCCCGGGGUCGGAUUAACCCCUCGGGGUCGUUUCCAUGUUUCAAGUUGAAGUUUUUCGUUAUUUAUUAUAAAAAAAAAGAAACAAAGCCCCGACUCCCGCUUAUUGAUUAUUAGUUCUUAGCUAAAAGUUUAAAUAAAUUAUUAACUUAUGUUAUUCUAGUUGGUUAUGAUUAGCCCUUAGUUAAAAACGUUUUUCACAAAAUAAAACAAAACAAAGUCUACACACAGAUGGACAAUGUCAUA